UACGAAAUGUAACGGAAGUUCGAGCGGCUCCCCAAACAGUUUCAAAAUUCCCAAGUUAGCUCAAAAACUAUUUGUAUAUACAACACAACUCUUUGAAAAAAAACUGGGAAAUUUCAAACAUAAAUUAAAACAAAAGUUAUUGUAAAUACAGUGUCAAAAGAAUUUUGAAAUUAAUUACCCAUCGCUGUUUUCGCUUUUUGUUGUCGGUUUUUGGCUGCCACGGAGUGUGGGCUAAAUGUUUGGACCUGGAAAAACGUUCAGUUCGGUUCAGUUCCGUUCGGUUGUGUCGGAGGAGUGAAAAGAUUAAAAUUGAAAACUAAAUACUGAAAGGAGAACGGAGUGCGGUGUACGGAGAAGUGCCGUUUGGGUCCUUUUAGUCUUCGGUUUCCGCUUCUUCUGAUAAUUUUAUUGAGUUUUCCGCCUUGUUGAUCAUUUGGAAGGAUCGCGCUGUUCAAACAACUAAAAUCUAUUUGAAAACUUCGUGUCUUUCCUUCAUCCUGUCCUGUCUGUGCUGCGGAUUGGAAACCGCACUCUCACAGUCUGAGAAGAUCCGUGGCAUGCAGCUUUCAAAGGGAAUCGCAAAUUGAAGGCAGCUGAGCGAAGCGAAGCGACUGCGUGGAGGAGGGGGCCACGGCCACGCCACCAUUUUCCGGUAUUUUGAUUUCGAUUCGCGUUAAUUUCCCCUUCGAUUUGUGUUCAUCUGCGGAAACAUUUCGGUUCGCCAUUUAUGGAAUGCCCGAAUAAAACACUCGAAAGUUCAAUACGAGGAAUUUGCUUCGAAUUAAAUUAAAAGUGCGACCGGAACGUAAUUAAAGUCAUUCAAAAUGGCAAUGGAAUGGAUUACUGCGAUGGACAAACGUCCUUGCGAUCGCAACUUGCGUGAUGUGGAGCUAAUCUCGUGCCGCCUGCGUCGCGUGGAGCCGCUGUGUCGCCUGCCCGGCUCGGCUCUCCAGCAGUUGGCCAUGUGCGGGUUCUACGAGGACCUGGAGAAGGGCGUCACACUUUUUCGCGCUGGCGAACAGGGACGCUUCUGGUAUGCGGUCCUGGGCGGCUCACUGGAGGUUCGAUACCAUGCACACGCCGAUGCCGAUGGCAAGAGCUCCGUAACAUUGUGCAACCUGGGUGUGGGCGCCACGUUUGGGGAGACCAUACUGCACGACUUGCCACGCGAUAGCACCGUCGUGACGAAGACAACCUGCGAGCUGCUGCGCGUCGAGCAGCAGGAUUUUCGACUCAUUUGGGAGAAGAACAAAGAGUUGAUGAAUGACAUUUUCACCAAUUGCAAAUUGAAGAACGGUUUUGGUCCUAGCGUUCAGCAGACGGCAGCCGCCCCAUCGCCCACCAAGCGCCCACUCAGCCCGGACCACCCCAACCCAGCAUUGCCCAUCACCGAGACACCGAGUCCUGCUAUGAGCCGCAUGGGCUGGGCUCUACGCACAUUACUCGUGGCCGACAACUCAAGCUGCCUGAAGGAUCGCAAGGUUUCGGGAAAGUUAAUACGGAAGUGCGCACCCGGCACUGAGCUCGUCGAUUGGCUGGUCAACCUCGCUCCAAUUGUGCACACCCGCGCCCAGGCGGCGGGCAUGUGGCAGGCCCUGGUCGAGGAAGGCGUUCUCACACAUGUCAACAAAGAGCAGCCAUUCAAAGAUAAGUGCUUUCUGUAUCGAUUCCGGCUGGACGAAGAAGGCGGUGCACCGGCGGUCGGCAUCCCCCAGGCAGAGGAUCAACACGCGGCCAACGAGCAUAUACGCGAGGCACUGAGUGCCCUCUUCCAACGUGGCCCGGACGCCACUUUGCGUAUGAUAUUGCGCAAACCCUCUCACGAACGGACAUCGGAGGAACUGGAGCUGGUAUUCGAGGAGCUCGUCCACAUUGCCGCUCUCUCCCAUCUCUCGACCAGCAUCAAGCGGGAGCUCUCAUCGAUAUUCGUGUUCGAGGCUCAUGCCAAGGCGGGCACAAUAUUAUUCAAUCAAGGCGACGAAGGACGCUCCUGGUACAUCCUCCUCAAAGGGUCUGUGGAUGUUGUGAUACACGGCAAGGGAACUGUGGCUACCCUGAAGACGGGCGAUGAUUUUGGAAAGCUGGCCUUGAUUAACGACGCACCCAGAGCUGCUACCAUUGUACUCAAAGAGAACAACUGCCAUUUGCUGCGUGUGGACAAGGAGCAUUUCAACCGGAUACUGCGCGAUGUGGAGGCCAAUACAUUGAGGUUGCAGGAGCACGGCAAGGAUGUUUUAGUGCUGGAGCGUGUGGCCAAGCAACGUGGACAGCAUUCGGCAUUCAAAUACACGGUCAUGUCGGGCACACCGGCCAAGAUGCUGGAGCACUUACUGGAGACCCGGCUGGGUCAGUCCGUUGGUGGUAUGGAUCCCUUCCUGGACGACUUUCUGCUCACCCACAUUGUAUUCAUGCCCGUGGUGCAGCUGGUUGAUGAACUGGCCAAUUACUUCCAUUGCGAUACCCAUGAGGACGCCCAGACACCGGAGGAUCGUGAGUAUAUAGUCAACUUUAAGAAGCGCGUCAUCCAGUUCAUGCAGAAGUGGGUCAUGGCCGUGCGGCAUGCGGCCUUCGAGGAGCCCAGUGUGUGUGAUUUCAUCGAGGACCUGGCCGCCGAGGUGGAGGCCGAUCCCGAUCUCAACGAGGAGACCAGCAUAGUGCACAAUGUGCUUACCCAGAUGGCUCGCUACCAGGAGGAUCGCAAUCAGAAUGCCGGACAGAAAUGGAAGUUGCCACCGAAUGGCCAACCCAUUUGUCUGUUCAGUGGCAAUGCAACGCCCUCAAAGACGGUGAUACGGCCGGACGACGACAUCAUAUUCCGGGUAUACUGCGCCGACCACACUUACUGCACCCUGCGCUUCCCCAUGCACACCACGGCGGAGCUCAUCAAGGCCUGUGCCGCCGACAAGCUGCAGCUGAAUCGUGGACCCGAGGACCUGUGCCUCGUCGAAGUCAGGUCGAACGGAGAGCGCUCCGUGUUUAAGGAUAACGACGUCAGUAUACCCACUGGCCUCUCGCUCAACGGCCGUCUGUUUGUCUCCGUCAAGGAUCAUCUGGAUGCCUUGACUCAGCUGCAGGAGCAGGAGUGCCCCACAGAGGGUGUAGACAUCGAUUUGGAAAUACUGAGCACCAAGGAGCUCGCCUACCACAUCACCCUCUUCGAGUGGGAUCUGUUCUAUGCCGUGCAUGAAUAUGAAUUGCUCUAUCACACCUUUGGACGCCAUCACUUCGGCAAGAUCACGGCCAACUUGGAUGUCUUUCUGCGUCGCUUCAACGAGGUUCAGUACUGGAUUGUCACCGAGCUCGUGUCCACGCCCAGCCUGAGCAAGCGCGUGGGUCUGGUCCGCAAGUUCAUUAAGCUGGCAGCCUAUUGCAAGGAAUACCAGAAUCUGAACGCCUUCUUUGCUGUGGUGAUGGGCCUUUCGAACAUGGCCGUGUCGCGGCUGCACCAAACCUGGGAGAAGAUACCGUCAAAGUUCAGGAAAAUCUUUCAGGAGUUCGAGGCCCUCAUCGACCCCAGCCGCAACCAUCGGGCUUAUCGCGUGUUUGUGGGCAAGCUGCAGCCGCCCCUGAUACCGUUCAUGCCGCUGCUGCUGAAAGACAUGACCUUCGCCCACGAGGGAAACAAGACCAGCCUGGACGGACUCGUGAACUUUGAGAAGAUGCACAUGAUGGCCCAAACGAUGCGCACCAUACGCUUCUGUCGCUCCAGAAGUUUGGGACUGGAGCCGCCAUCACCCAAGAGCGAGGGCGAGGUGCGCUCCUACAUCAGCAGCUUUCGGGUCAUCGACAACCAGCGAGUGCUCACGGCCAUGUCGCAGAAGGUGGAGCCCACCAGGAAGCUAUAAGCAGAUAGCAGAUAAAAUAUAGCCCAGAUAUAGCAGAUCGUAUUAGCCAGUAGAGAGAGUACUUAAGUGUCUAACCAAAUGUGUGUGUUAAGUGUUAAUCAACCAGCAAUCUGCAAUUAGCUGCACAGAUACGAGCUUAGCUGUUGCUGCCCAGAACCGCGGUCUCGACAACAGCCCCUUGCAAAACUUCUGUUUGCAUUCGCAUUCGAAUUAGCCUAGGCUAAGUAGAGUAUUUAUGACCCAACUAUGGACUAUCUAAACUUUCAAAUGAACUGAAACCCAACCCAACCCAAAAGGCAUUUCAAUGCGAACCACAAACUUUUUGCUUUAGUACAAAACGAAACGAAACGAAACUAAACAAAACCACAAAUUUGACAUUCGGGGCAAUGGAAUCCGGAGUCCCAGCGGAGGCCGAGAGAAGAAUAUACAUACAUUGUUAAUACAAAACAAACAAUGGACGAGUGUGAUACUAAACAUUUAGAGGAGACGACAUCAAAACCAACAGCACUAAAACUGCAUAAUUUCCUACCAACUUUUCUACGCACAUACAUCUAUAUCUAUAUCUAUAUCCUACGCAAAGUAUUUUGUAUAAACAUACUACAACAGAGCAUGGAAUCUAUUUUUUUAGAACCCUUAAACUACAACUAUUACACAGUCUAGUUGAAGCUAGUUAUUAACAUUUAAGCCUAGGGGAUAAGUUAUCUAAUUUGUAAUUUCGGAAUUUCGUUUUCAUUCAGUAAUUCUCGAUACCAUAGCCCUAUUUAGCGUGAGUCGCAAAUAAAAUACCCAUACAUUUAUUAAUAUUUAUUUACACAACACUUAAUUGUUUUAUUUUGUACAUAAUUCAGAGUUUAUUUUGCGUUAAAUUAGCCAAAGAAAAAUGAAUACAUGCAUGUGAAAGUGCAAUAAAAUAAUUAACACUGGAGAGGGACCUUACUAGCUGUAGAAAUUAGUAAUAUAGUAUGUGCAAGACCACAAGAAUCGGUUCACAUGUACAUAAAUAUAUAUUUAAAGUAAUUACUUUGAAUUGAACAGCUCCCGAUGUGAUAUCUGGUAAUCCAAGUCAUAUCAGAUAUCAUGGGCGGGUUGAUCCUUUGGUAAGACAUCGUAGUUAAUUCUAGAAUCGUAGUAGCCGUAAAAACUCCAACUCCUCUCCCAAGUAAAGGUCUCUCAAACAACGAUAUAACACUUAACCUACCACAAAUCCUAUACGUAUUGUAACCAGAACUUUGACCAUGAUGCAUAGGAUAUAUGUCGUGUAUAUGUAUUAUAAAAUAUUUGUCCUUCUUUUGCAUAAACAACUAUAAUCCAAGACAUCAGCAGUAUCCAGUGGUUUCUCCCCCAGUAAAAAAAAACAGCAACAGCAAACGAAUUUUCAAUGAAACUUUUAUAUAUAGAACAUAAUCUGAGUAUAGCGAGCCGAUUGAAAAGGAAAGGGCUUGUUAAGUUAAUAACUAAAGAUUUGUAUCGAUUUCGAAUUGAUUUACAUGCAACGCAACACCAAUUUUACGUGAGUACGUGACCAGUUUGUAAGAUGAAAAGAGUUUAAAGCCCUUAAUUACUUUAUCUACACAAUGUGCCACCCAUGGCAAACCUGUGAGGAGGAGGCAUUCAGCAAAUCUUCUAGCGUAUAUGUAUAGUAUAGACAUUUGUAGAUGGGACAACACUUACAUACUAUACGAGUAUAUACAACCAAAUUGAUUUGUAAAACCUAGAUUCUAGCUUGCAUAGGGAAAAGAAAGCCAUCUGUGUCAAAGGAUGGAAAUGUAUCAAUGUAUACUUUUGACAACAAUAAACAAUCAUUGUUGUUGUUGUGCACCUUCAAUAAUACCGAUAUACUAUAUACUGUAUACUAUAAGCUAUAUACCAUAUACAUAUAUAUUUAUUAUAAAUGCAAGUAAUAUACUCUAGCAAAAGAAAAUUCCAAAUUUUAACUUGUGAUUCGAUUUGACAAUCUCAAAAAAACAAAAACAAAACACUGUACUCUACUUUUAACUUCAAAGAAAAUCACUAAGCACUUUGCAUAAACUUAACUAAAUCGGGUAACCUAGAGAUAUUCAUGCUAUACGUAUAUACCUCCGUUGUCAUUAUAGGCUUAAGCCAACCAUGAUUAAUGAGUUAAUGAUCGAGCCGAAACUAAAUUUCAUGCAUACAUACAACUAGCUACAUAUAUGUACUACCAUAAAAAAAGGAAAUAGAAAAAGUCUCUAGCGGACUAGCUUGCCAUAAGGAAAGUCCCCUCAAUAAAGCUCACAGGAAGAAUCAAACGCGAAACAAACAAGCCGUCAAUAAACUACGGGUACGGGUUCAUAAAUAUAUAAAAAUACAUAGAUCUUAAAAUCAGUGUCGUCUCUACAUGGCUAGCGCAAUACAAUCUCCAGUUUACGUACAAUGCCUACCACAUAGAAAAUAUAAUAGGUCUCUUGCAGAUACAAAUUAGAGUUUAGCAAGGAAAGCUUCUCAAUGGAAUGCAGCUCAAUGUAAGAAUUGAACAGCAGACAACCAAACCGGAAAUCAGCUACAUACGGAUACAUACAUAUGUACAUAUGUAUGCACGUAUACCUAGAUGUUCAAAUCAGUGUCUAAUACAUGGAUAACCCAAAACAAUCUCAAAUUUACUUACCUAUCGGAUAGGAAAUAGAAUAGAUCUCUCUUGACGUAUUCUUAAUAUUUGGAAGAGAGUGUGGAAAGCUCCUCAGUGGAGUUCACAGUAAGAAUAAAACACCAAACAACCAAACUGUAACGAAAAUACAUACAUACAUACUAGAUGUUCAAAUCAGUGUCUACAUGUCUAUAGAAUAAAUCUC